UAGAUAUGUCGUCACCAUGACGCAGUGCCCCGCUUUGAGACUUGGUCAACGCCCAGAGUUGGCUAGGUACAAAACGUCUGCCCGAAGCCCCGCCUCCUCGCCGUCAGAAGCGGGGCACGCAGGCCGGAAGUUGCCGUUUUGGAGUUAGACAGGUACCCGGACCGUUCCGGUGACCAAUAGUGGAGUUUAUCGCCUGGCACCCGGUCUCGCGGGCAGGGCGUACUGCCAUGAGCUCGUGCCGAGGCCUGCUGUGCGCACGGUGCGCAGUGAGGAACCUCGUGCCCCGCACUCUGCCCGCGCGCUGGGUCUCCUCCCGCCCCUCCGCUCCCGGGGGCCCCGCGGGCUUCAGACCCGAGAAGGUGGCUGUGGUGACCAAGACCACACGGUACGAGUUCGAGCAGCAGCGGUACCUGUAUGCUGAGCUGUCCGAGGACGAACUCAAGAAGCUGCUUGCUUUAAAGGGAUCCAGCUACAAUGGUCUGUUACACAGACACAAUAUCCACUCAGAAAAUGUUGAAAAUAUUGUACAGUGUUUGAGGAAUGAAGGCAUUGAUGUCCGUGUUGUUAAGAGGAGAGAUUAUGAUGAGGAUACUGUACGAUGGGCUGAUGCUGUUGUUUCAGCAGGAGGGGAUGGGACGAUGCUGCUUGCUGCAAGCAAAGUGCUGGACAGGUCCAAGCCAGUAAUUGGAGUAAACACCGAUCCAGAAAGAUCUGAAGGACACCUUUGCCUGCCAGUGCAAUACACACGUGCGUUUCCAGAAGCUCUGCGCAAACUCUCUCGUGGUGAGUUCAGUUGGCAUUGGAGGCAGCGAAUUCGACUUUACCUUGAAGGGACUGGAAUUAAUCUGACCCCAGUGGAUUUGCAUGAUCAGCAGUUAAGCCUGGAGCAGCAUAGCAAGGCCCAUAACUGCAGUGAACAUCGGCCAGAACAAACUUCUGAAAUAACUUCUGGGCCACAUCUUUUGCCAGUAAGAGCACUGAAUGAAGUGUUUAUUGGUGAAUCAUUAUCAUCCAGGGUGAACUAUAAAUCCUGCAAACCUCGUUUUACCUUCUCGCUCCAUAGGGCUUCCUAUUAUGAGAUUUCAGUUGAUGAUGGUCCCUGGGAAAAACAGAAGAGCUCGGGACUGAAUGUUUGCACUGGAACAGGAUCAAAAGCCUGGUCCUACAACAUAAAUAAGAUUGCGCCACAGUCUGUUGAAGAAGUACUUUGCAUUGCUAAAAGCUAUCAACCCUUCCAUUUGGACAGUGAACUUAUUGAGAGGGUUACGAAGAAAUACAAUGACUCUCUCGUGUAUAGCCCUGAGGAGCCAAAGAUGUUUUUUAGUGUUCGAGAACCUAUUGCUAAUAGGGUGUUUUCAAGUAGUAGUCAGCGUGGGUUCACUUCUAAAGUCUGUGUGAGAUCACGUUGCUGGGAUGCUUGUAUGGUAGUGGAUGGUGGUACAUCCUUUGAGUUCAAUGAUGGAGCUAUCGUAUCUUUAACAAUGGAUGCUGAAGAUGCUCUAUGUACCGUACAGUUAAAUAAGUGAAUUGACACUCAAUGUUAUUGAAGCAGGACUUGAAAAACUAAUAACAGCUGCGGGAAACUACUAUGCUGCCACAUUUUCUGUUAAUCUCAGGACACUAAAGCACUUAAGAGGGGCAAAGGAUUUGGUAUAUGCACUAGAUAUAGAUUUGAACAUCACUAAACCUUUUCUAAAAGGUUGUUGAAAUACCUGUUUAAUGUAGUGUCUAUAAACUUUGGUGCACAAGACAUGGCUGAAAAAAGGCAGAAUUUGUGCAUCGACCCUUGCUUGGAGAUAUGCAAAUACAGGGGAACACCAGGGCCUCUAUUAAAAGGAUUUUUUUUUUUAAGAUUCUUUUUCAUGGAGUUAUUCUGAAAUCUAUUUAACAUGGCUACAUCCACUUGAACCAUUAACUGUAUUAAAGCUGUGAAAGAUUUUUGGGAGUGAUGAAAAUGGUUGUGGUGGUUAAACAUAUGGAUUUGUAUGAAAAUGUAUUCGGUUAUUGGUAGCUGUCUGCUUUAGAGCUGUUUUAGAGCCAAGCAGGUACCGUUGAUGCCUGCUGUCAGAAUUUAUGAACUUUUGUGAAACAAUUUGUAAAAUAAAUAACAUUUUUAUU